ACCACUCAGCAUUAGCAUUUACCAAAGAACUGGAAAAGAGCUAAAAGCUAAAGUGAAAUUCUUUUAUCAAAUUUUCACUGAGGGAGAACAAAACUUGCCAUGGCAGAAAGAGAAAUUGCCGCAGAGCACGAAAAAACUCUCCACAUAGCAAAUAAGAAUGUUUUGCUGAAAAGAACCUUGGGGCUUUUCGAUAUCACCUGCUUUCUUGUGGGAAGUAUUGUGGGUGCUGGAAUAUUUGUAUCUCCCACAGGCGUGCUAAAAUAUGCUCAGCUUAAUGUUGGUGUGACCUUAUGUAUUUGGGCUGCUUCUGGAGUCUUAGCAAUGAUGAGCUCCCUCUGUUACGCUGAACUUGGUUCUGCAUUACCUUUUGCUGGUGGUGAAUAUUAUCAUGUAAAACGAGGACUUGGACCUUUACCUGCCUUCAUUGUCAUCUGGACAUCAAUAUUAUUCAGAAGACCUGCAUCCAGUGCUGCACGAGCCCUGACGUUUGCCGAAUACGCCACUCAGCCAUUCUACUCUGGAUGCCCCACACCCGAGCUGCUUAAGAAAAUAAUGGCACUUGCGGUUCUUUGGGUUUUGGGAAUUAUAAAUAUCAAGAGUGCAAAGAUGACCACUUGGGUUCAGAAUGUUUUUACUGUGCUGAAAAUGUUGGCCUUGAUCUUCAUUGUUAUUUGUGGCCUCAAAGAACUUGGAGGAAAAACAGAGAUUCCAGGGCACUUAACGAAUGCAUUUGAUUCUCCAUCUCCAAAUGCAGUUCAAAUAGCAGAGUCUUUCUUCCAGGGUCUAUAUGCAUAUGGAGGUUGGAACUUCUUAAAUUACAUUGCUGAAGAGAUAAAGAACCCAAGCAAGAACAUUCCGCUCUGUACAAUAACAGCUGUGGCUGCAGUGAUUGCCUUUUAUUUGCUGGUAAACAUCUCAUACCUCACAGUACUGACACCAAAAGAAAUUGUUUCUUCAGCUGCUGUAUCUAUUACCUGGGCUGAUAGAGUGAUUCCCACGGUAGCCUGGAUAAUACCUGUCUCCGUUGCUAUCUCGAUUUUUGGUUCUCUAAAUGGUGGCAUGUUUAUGCUUGGAAGACUUAACUAUGCAGGGAGCAAGGAAGGUCAUUUGCCUGCCCUAAUAUCCAUGCUUCAUGUAAAUCACUUGACUCCAGCUCCAGCCAUAAUCCUCUCAACCAUUAUUGCUUCAAUAUUUGUCAUUCCUUCAGAUCUUUUGUCAUUAACUAAUUACUUUGGCUUUUCUACUUGGCUUUUGGUUGGACUAACUGUUACAAGUCUGAUUGUUCUACGCUUCAGAGAACCAAACCUUCCCCGGCCAUAUAAGGUCUUUCUGCCAAUCGCCUUUGGAGUUGUGUUAGUCGCUGCAUUUUUAGUUCUAGUGCCAAUAAUACAAUCACCCAAAGUGCAAUAUGUCUAUGCCUUACUGUUUAUGCUGAGCAGCAUGAUAAUUUAUUUCCCCUUUGUUUAUUUUAAACUGCGUAUCCCAUAUUUUGAUGGCAUUACUUGCUACUUACAGUUGUUAAUGGAGGUGGUUCCUACAGAUAUAUUUGAAGAUCCCAAAAGCCAAUAAGUAGUACUUGUAUAUCAAACUGCAAUGUUUAAUUUAUAUUGUUCUGGCAUAUGAGUAUUUCCUUUAAUAUGUAAUCUUUUGUUUCUUGGCUUAAACCAUAAAAUCUAGCUUUUACAAAUGUAUUAAACUUUAUGUAGACAAUAUCUCUGUCCAGUUGAUGUUCACGUUCUUCUGCAAAAAUAUUGUGUAUUUAUAAAAACGAGUCCUUUGUAAUGAAAAAUAGUAUUUCUAACAUUGA